AUGCGCGCAGUACAAGACGAGAACGUUCGUAGUCUCCGGUCAUCCAAACCGCCAAAAGCCAGCACGACACGCCGGCUGCUGGGCGACAAUGUCCCGCCCUCGGCGCCGGACAAGCCUACGCACAAGGCGCAAAAGCCCGUGCGCCAGCGAAGCGUGCUUGCCCCAAUCGACAAUGUGAGCGAGCGGGCGAAUGUAGCCAGGCUCCCGCGUCUCAAGUCCUCCUCUUCGUCUUCCACUCCUUCAGAGCGGAGCAAGGAGUUGCGAGCGAAGACCAAGACCCGGACCGGGACAGAGUUGAGCAUCAAGACCGAGCGCAUCAAGACGGAAUUUCGCGUAAAGCGUCCCACAUCGCCCCAAACCCCGCCACGCCAAAUCGUACCCAAGACCCCGGCCGAACAGAUUGGUCGGGCCGGUGCCGUCCGCGCUGCACUGCUUAAUAAACGGCGACCUAUCGUCGUCCCGGAUCCGCCGCCCAAGCGGCCACGCGUACAGAAGUCUAUCAAUGUGCGAGCGGACGAAGUAUCGGCAGCACCUAGUGCUAUUGACCGGCCGUAUGAGCCCUCGCCCAAACGUAGCGCAAAGGCUGAUGCUAUGGUGCGCCGCAUGUUUGGGGAUGAGAUGGAACCGCCGUCUCCGCCAUGCGCUUUUGGAGGGGACGACUUCAAGUUCGACUUUGUCUGA